AUGGCUGUUGUCGGCAUCGGAGGGUUGGGUGUUCUUGCAAUUCAGUUCGCAAAGUCUGUUGGCUUGCGAGUCGCAGCGGUUGAUGGUAGUGAUGUUGGAACCGGAAAUGCAGCCAACGUACCAAGUCAUCUUAAGCCCGACAUCAUCUGCAAGCUACAUGACUCUGAUACUAUCGAGAAACUUGCCCAAUUUUCAGGCGGCAUGGGAGUUGACGCUGUUAUCAGCUGCACCGAUGAUAUAUCAGCAACCGAUUGGGCGCCCCAUCGUCUCCGGUACGGAGGCGUGGGUGUCGUUCUGAGACUUUCGAACGAUGGAUUCAAAUUCGAUCCUUUCAACAUCGCAUUUCUCGAGCUCAUCAUUCGUGGCUCGCUACACAGCAGUGUGCAAGAGGUAGAGAAGAUGGUGCACGUCAUGGCACAGCAGGGGAUUUGCAGUAAGAUCACCAAAGUCCCACUGCAGCAGGGAGAGAGUAUACCCGAGAAAAUUGCAGCUCGCGAGUUUCAUGGACGCGUGGUAGUGACUUUAUAG